UCUUUUACUUCUGUAACUGGUUUUUCUUCUGUGGCUAUGCAAGAGGAAAAUUCAGAUGUGGUAGAGGUACGUCUAGCAGCAGACUCCAAAAGUCUGGAGGUUCUCCUAAAUCAAGAAGUCCUUCAUUUUGAUCGAACCUGGUUGGACCUGAAGGGGCAAGUAACCAGUGACAGCUCCCUCUUCACCUACGAUUCAAAGUUCCUUUUAGAUAACUAUCAAGUUAAACAUGACCCAGACUUCUUGCCCACAUUUUCAGUCCUGGAAGAUCCUAAUGACCCAUUUACACAAGAAGUGAUUAAAAUGUGUGGAAAUGAUUAUUUCUGUAAAUUUGAUGCUCUCACUACUAGAUCCCUCUGGGUUGGAAAUGCAACAAAAUUAACACAUGACAAUCACCAAAAAUUGGUUCAGGUUCUGCAACCAGUGGUAUCAUGCGGCUGGCUAGAACCCCCAAAGAAUGGAAAGAAGGAGGGAACAAGCUACUUGGUUAACUCUCAGGUGAAAAUCACCUGUAACAAAGGAUAUGUGUUAUGGGGUUCCUCCUUACACACAUGUCAGCAAGACGGCAAAUGGAGUGGGCAGACAAAUCAGUGUGUAUAUGGUAAGUGCCCUGUUGCAAUUGCUUUGUUAUAAUGCUCCUAUGCUGACUUCUAACUGCUGUAGGCAUC